CGGCAACCUCGUCAUUUGUUUGGUUGCGGAGUUUAAGAAAACUUUAGUGAGGCAGAAAGCGAGGCAGAAAGCGAGUCAGCUAUGCCUCCUAAAAAGAAUGGAAAGAAAACUGCAGACAAAUCCACCAAGAAAGAAGGCGAGGGGUCUGGAGAGAAACCCGAUGCUGAUGAUGUUUUAUCCGCGGGCAGUAAAGAAUUCUACCGAGCUCAAAUACGAGAUUUGGAGGAGCGAAUAGAAAAGUAUCAGCAUAAAUGUGACGAGCUGGAGGUCCGGGAGAAGGAUUUCUCCACUAACUACAACAAUGUAGAGAGAGAGAAGAAGGACAUAGUCCUCUAUCUGAAGCGCUCCUUGGCCCACAAAGAGGAUGAACUCACUGACCUCUCAGAGAAGCUUCUGGCAUUACAAAUAGCUAAAGAAGAAGAGAAGGAGUCAUUUGAGAUGCAGCUGAGCGCUCUUCGACAUGAGUUUCAGGAGAACAAAGACAAGCUCAUGUCAGAGAACAUGGCCCUAGCGGGGAAGCUUGCAUCUCUGGAGGAGUUCCGUGUGCAGAAGGAUGAGAUCAUGGCCUUGCUGGCAUCUCUGAAAGAACAGCUGGAGCAACAGAAGCAGGAACACCAGACAAUCAUUUAUAACCUGGAGAGAAAAGCUGUCCUGGACAAUGACAGGCUAAAGAAAGAGAUGCAGCAGCACGUGGCUACUGUCGCAGCCGAAUUCCGCCGAGUCUCAGACAGGAGGAUGCCAGAGACAACAAUGAGGGCCAUCCAUGAGAAUGUGUCAGUGACGGCUCAGCUCAGGCAGCUCUCAGACAAGAGCAAAGAGCUAUUGGAGGAUAACGAUUCUCUAAAAGCCAAAGAGAAACAACUCAGGCGAGAAAAGGAGAUUAUGGAGUCUCUCCUGAACGAGAUGACCAUGAAGAGUGUCGGAAAUCAGAGGGUGGUGCAGCAGCUGACGGAGAAGUGCAAACAAAUGCAUACUGAGCUCGAAAAUCUUGCUAGGCAUAAACAAGAGCACCAACAGCUACUGGAUAACCACAAUGCGCUACAGAAAGAGCAUGAUGACCUCAGACAGACACAUGAAUCACAUAUGGGCAAGCUCAAGCGAAAGCAGGCUGAGGCAGAAAGACUGAAAAAGGAGCUUCAAAAGGAGAAGAUGCAGAGACAGGAGCUGGAGACGGUUCAGCAGGAGGCUGCUGUGGCUUUAAAGGAAGCUUUGAGGGAGGUCCCUAAAGAAGAAGACUCAGAAGUGCAGGCUGUUGUCCGGCGAAGUCAGCUGAUGCAGAAACUCCUAGCCAUGCUGGACAAUGCUGCAGCCAUUGGCAAAGGCCCUGGGCUUUCUGAUUUUAUCCCCAUUACACACCACACUGAUGAACGCACAACAGGGCAAGGCAUGGCAAGACCGGGCCUUCGUGCCCCAGGGCAGAAGACUACCUCGCGCCUCUCUCAUUUCAAGACGGGAGACCUGGGGCUGGUCCCACGACAAAUAAACAUGUGCAACUCUGUCCUGUCCAAGAUAGGACCCCUCUCCAAAAGCACACAGAUUCACCUGCAGAGGAAACUGCAGAGCCAAAAACGGAAUAACCUCUCCAAACCACUAGCUGAGGAGGACGUGUAAACUGCAGCCUGAACCUUUCAGCGGCGGUCCUACAACAUCCCUCAAAUAAUCAAGAGAACCUCCUGUGGGUCCACUACUGCUCUACUGUUUGACUCUUUAUCUGUUUGAAAGGGAAAACCCACUCAAUAAACACCACCUAAUGCUA